GUUGACCCGGAAGCUUUCCUCCCCUAUUCAAUUGUCAACAUGGCGGUGAAUCUGACUGAAUUGUCUCUUCCACAAUUAGAAGGCUUGAAAACUCAGCUUGAUCAGGAAACAGAGUUCCUGUCAUCAUCUAUCGGCCAGUUAAAAGUCGUCCAAACAAAAUAUGUGGAAGCCAAAGACAGUUUGAAUGUCCUUAACAAAAGCAAUGAAGGAAAAGAACUACUUGUCCCUCUCACCAGUUCUAUGUACGUGCCUGGGAAGCUUAAUGACGUGAAUCAUGUCUUAGUGGAUGUCGGAACAGGUUAUUUCGUGGAGAAGAAUGUAGAAGAUGGCAAAGAGUUCUUUAAACGCAAAAUUGACUUCCUUACAAAACAAAUUGAGAAAAUUCAGCCUGCCCUUCAAGAAAAACAUGCUAUGAAACAAGCUGUGGUGGAAGUCAUGAAUAUGAAGCUUCAGCAACUGCACAGCCAACAGGCAUCACAAUCUGGCACCACCAAAGCCUAAAAACAAUUACAAGAAGCAUGGCAGAAAAUCCAGAGGUUUGACCUGUCAGACGGAUCCAUUCUGAACCCUUGAAACAGAGAACCACUGCUCUGAUGUCAACAUGUUCACAUCUCCUCGGGGCAGAAUGAAGUCCAGCACUUUGCCUGCAUUAAACAACUAAAAACAAAAAAAUUCUGUUCCGUUUUCAUUCUCAUGUUUAGUGAACAAAUGAAGCGUUGGACACGGCCUGUGGCUGUAUUUGCGAGACUGGGGUGUCUUUGAAGGAGAUUUACUUUGCAUGUUUUUUUUUAAUAAAGCAAAUAUUUACUUUUUAAAUAAAUCGGCUAAAGAAAAUGUUCGUGCUCGGCUAAAAGGGAAUUUACAGAAAUGUAACGUUACAAGCAAAACAAUGGUUUGAUUUGUUGUCCCAUGCAGGCAGAUGAGUUACUGGGCCAUGUUACAGAGAGCAGCAACUUUUUGACUACUGUAACAUACAUGUACAAUUUUCCAUCCAUGCUGAAACAAAUAAUAAAAAUUGACACUUAAAACCGUA